GAAACUUUUCCACUCUUCUUCUCAGCGAGCAAGCACUCGCCUUCUUGGGAUCCCAAGGUGACAUCACCACGCGCCCCCAUCCUCUCGCCGCCCUUGAUUCCCGGGAAGCUUCCUGUCGCCGUCGACCCUCCUUCCCAGCCGGUGUAGCUUUCAUUUCGCUUGAUUUCUGAAGUUGCGAUUAGUCGGACUUGGCUUAGGGUUUCUCAAGAUUCUGGGGCUGGCGGGUGCAACGGCCAGCGGUGGUGCUUUGGUGAACGGAACAGGGAGCGUCUGGGUUGAGGUGGAUGGAGGGGAGGAUGCAGGGGAAGGCGCAGCAGCUGUCCGACUCCAACCGUCGGAUCAUGGAGGCCGAUGCGGCGCCGCCGCGGCGCGUGUACCAGGCGUGGAAAGGGAGCAAUAUAUUUUUUCUUGGAGGGAGACUUAUUUUUGGGCCUGAUGUGAGGUCACUCAUAGCCACAGUAUGUUUAAUCGUCAUCCCAGUGAUCAUCUUUGCUGCCGUUGUUUCUCCGCAGCUUGCCCAUGGGUACCAAAACCAAAUUGGAGGUUGGGUAGCAUCUGUAUCUAUCAUCUUUACAGCAUAUAUUCUCGUUCUUCUGCUUCUCACGUCUGGACGUGAUCCUGGAAUUGUUCCGCGUAAUUCUCAUCCUCCCGAACCAGAAGACAUUGGUGAAUCCUCCAACUUAUCAGAUUGGCCAGGUGGUCAACAUGGCUCAGCUGGUUUACCACUCACCAAGGAUGUUCUUGUCAAUGGUGUUUUAGUUAAGGUCAAAUAUUGCCAUACAUGUAUGCUUUAUCGUCCACCAAGGUGCUCCCAUUGCUCAAUCUGCAAUAACUGUAUCGAACGUUUUGAUCACCACUGUCCUUGGGUAGGGCAGUGUAUUGGAAAGAGAAACUACCGCUUCUUCCUUAUGUUUGUAUCUUCAGCAACUGUGCUAUGCAUAUACGUGUUCACAUUCUGCUGGGUCAACAUCGGGAAAACAAUGGACACCCAUGAGUGCACAUUUGGUAGAGCUAUCUUGAAGUCGCCCAUCUCCGCCAUUCUCAUGUUAUACACAUUUGUUGCUGUGUGGUUUGUCGGAGGAUUGACCUCAUUCCACCUCUACUUGAUUUCCACCAAUCAGACUACUUAUGAGAACUUCCGGUACCGCUACGAUAGGAGAAGCAAUCCUUACAACCGUGGGCUGGUCCAAAAUUUCAUUGAGAUCCUAUGCUCAAGGAUUCCCAGCUCCAGAAACAAUUUCAGGGCUAAAGCUAACGAGGAUUCUGCAGCCUUCGCCUCAACGCUUAGCAUGGGGCGGGUCCUAAGCCCGCCGAAGAUGAGCGUGGACCUUGAGAUGGGCACGAAGAGGCAAGCUGUGGGUGCAGAAGACAUGGAGGACUUACACAGCCAGAUUGGCAGUUCUAUGGGGCUUGAGCGAUGCGGCACAGAACCCCCACAUUUUGUCGGUCGAAAGGGUUGCUCUGAAAUUGCAUCUGACAUUGAGACGUUUGCAGAAGAGUUUGGCAUGGACAACAAGUUCACUGAGAGGAAAAAGAUUGAGCCGCAUACAAAUGAUAAUCCUUAAGGCACUUACCUCACCACCCCCCCCCCCCCCCCCCCUAACCUUGGUUCGAUCUCUAUCCCUAGCUCGGAGGAGCAUAGCUCAGAAAGAAAAGAAGAAAGUAGGACAAAUGGUAGAACAGGUUCGCUAUUUUGGCUGAAUCUAGGUGUUAUUUGUAGAUCAACUGAUUAGCAAUAUAGGCAUGAUGGAACACGAAUUGAUGGACCGGAUGGUUUCACUGGAUCCAUCUUGGUUUAGAAUGUGUUGUACUGCUAGUGAUAUGGACUGUACCUGUUAGUUCAUAUGCUGUAGGUUGCGUACGUUUGUGUGUGCCACAGUCAUCACUAUUUACUUAAGUUGUACUGUAACUUAUACUACCUCUGUUGAACUGCAAAAACAUCUUGUAACUUA